AUGAAGCUCUCCCUCGUCCCCCUCCUCGCUCUCCUCGCCACCAGCGCCUCUGCGGGUCCCGCCGCCUACGGCGUAUGCCAGGCCGGCUGUGCGUGCGUCGUCAUGGCCUGCUACGCGGCCGGCGGAGCCACUUGGGGCGCUACACUAGCACUUACCGCUCCCGCUACCAUCAUUGGCUGUAACGGGGCCUACGCUACUUGCCAGUCGGCUUGUGCGCUGGUCGUGUUCGCUCCGACUCUUUGA